AUGACGAGGCUACCUGGCCAGCCCAUCUCCGUGCUCUUCGUGUGCCUGGGCAACAUUUGCCGGUCGACAAUGGCAGAGGGCAUCUUUCGGCAUUUGGCGCAGCAGCCAGAGUACAAGGACAAGAUUGGCGAGAUUGAUUCCUGCGGAACGGCUGCGUACCAUGCCGGCGAUCCGCCAGAUUCGCGAACGAUGGAGACGCUGGAGAAGCACGACAUUUUCGACUACGACCACGAUGCGCGACGAAUUACGAGAAGCGACUUUGAAAAGUUCGACUACAUCUUCGCCAUGGACCUCUCCAAUCUCUCCGAUCUGGAACGCCUCAAGCGCGAGAACAAGGACUCCAAGGCCAAGGUGAUGCUCUUUGGCGAAUACAGCGGCACCAAGAAGCCCGAAGUGGUCGCCGACCCCUAUUACGGCGGCCAGGAUGGCUUCGACAAGGCCUUUGAGCAGUGCUCUCGGUUUGCCAAGAACUUUUUGCAAGAAGUGGUCAACGAGCAAGGGGCGGCUGUCAACAAGGAAUAA